UCACACUGACUGCAUCCCCAGCUUGCGUAAAAUAACAUAAUUUUGUUAAAACGCGCACCUUGCCGCAGAUGCAUAGCAAAACCAGCUUAGCAAAAUCAACUCUUCCUUCCAUCUAUACAUAUAUUUUGUAUCAUUAAUUCUUGGAUCUCAAGCCAGCGAUUUAUUUUGCUACCGAUCGACCAUCGACCCUGCUAUCUGGAGAAUUUUGUUGCAUUUUUGCGUUACGUUUUUGUUUGUUUGCACACAAAAAUAAACAAACCCCCACCCGCACCCCCCACCAAGCAUAAGACGACACGUGGAGGGGAUCCUACAGAGAUCUGAGGCGCUAAGAUGUUUAGUCCGGAAUAUGAGAAGCGCAUCCUGAAGCACUGCAGUCCGGUGGCACGUAAUCUAUUUGAUAAUUUGGAAUCGUCUACAACACCCACGUCGCUGGAUCGCUUCAUACCAUGCAGGGCCAACAACAAUUGGCAGACGAACUUUGCGUCGAUCAACAAGUCCAAUGAUAACUCACCACAGACGAGCAAGAAGCAGCGGGACUGUGGGGAGACGGCACGCGAUAGUCUGGCGUAUUCGUGCCUCUUGAAGAACGAGCUCCUGGGCACGGCCAUAGAUGAUGUGAAGACCGCCGGCGAGGAGCGCAACGAGAAUGCCUACACACCAGCAGCCAAGCGAAGUCUCUUCAAAUAUCAAUCCCCCACAAAGCAGGAUUACAAUGGCGAAUGCCCGUACUCAUUGUCGCCGGUGAGCGCCAAGAGCCAGAAGCUACUGCGUUCGCCCCGGAAGGCCACACGCAAGAUCUCUCGCAUUCCAUUCAAGGUGCUGGAUGCACCGGAGCUGCAGGAUGAUUUCUAUUUAAAUCUGGUCGAUUGGUCCUCGCAGAAUGUUCUCGCUGUUGGCCUGGGCAGCUGUGUCUAUCUAUGGAGUGCCUGCACCAGUCAGGUUACUCGCCUGUGCGAUCUCAGUCCGGAUUCGAAUACAGUGACAUCGGUGUCGUGGAACGAGCGCGGCAACACAGUGGCCGUGGGCACCCAUCAUGGCUAUGUGACCGUUUGGGAUGUGGCCGCCAAUAAGCAGAUCAACAAGCUCAAUGGCCAUUCGGCUCGUGUGGGCGCAUUGGCCUGGAACAGUGACAUCCUGUCGAGCGGAUCGCGCGAUCGUUGGAUCAUUCAGCGCGACACACGCACACCACAGCUGCAGUCCGAGCGCCGUCUGGCCGGGCAUCGUCAGGAGGUGUGCGGCCUCAAGUGGUCGCCCGACAAUCAGUACCUGGCCAGCGGCGGCAACGACAAUCGUCUGUAUGUGUGGAACCAGCACUCGGUGAGCCCCGUGCAAUCGUAUACGGAGCAUAUGGCCGCUGUGAAGGCGAUUGCCUGGUCCCCGCAUCAUCACGGACUGCUGGCCAGCGGCGGCGGGACGGCCGAUCGUUGCAUUCGCUUCUGGAACACGCUGACCGGCCAGCCCAUGCAGUGCGUGGACACUGGGUCGCAGGUGUGCAAUCUGGCCUGGUCCAAGCACUCCUCGGAGCUGGUCUCCACGCACGGCUACUCCCAGAACCAAAUACUGGUGUGGAAAUAUCCCUCGCUGACGCAGGUGGCCAAACUGACGGGCCACUCGUACCGUGUGCUCUAUCUGGCGCUCAGUCCCGAUGGCGAGGCCAUUGUCACGGGCGCCGGCGAUGAGACUCUGCGCUUCUGGAAUGUCUUCAGCAAGGCGCGCAGCCAGAAGGAGAACAAGUCUGUCCUUAAUUUGUUUGCCAACAUCAGAUAGAUCACGCCUGUGCGGAGAGCUUGUUGGAGGUAUGUGUGGCAGCCACACCACACUGCCACGAAGACUGAGAGAGGCGCCAAAGGCAACAGAAACCAAGCAAACAUCUAACCAAUCCACUCCAAUCAGAUCAAUCAAUCAAUCAAAGCAAGAUAGCAACCAAGCAAACGCAGAAUCCAAGUCAAAUUCAUUGAAUGUUAACAUUAUUGAAAAGUGUUCAUUUAGUUACGGAUUUCGAUUAAACGAGAAAGAGAGAGAGAGAGAGACUGGGUAGUGGGUGGUCGCCUUUGGUACUGCUCCAGCUCCAACUCUCAAUCGUUCAUUUGUCCAUUUGCUAGUAAAA